GAAAACCAAUACUUGCAAGGCCUAGCGGCACAAACCAAGGUGAGAUUCGGAUUCAGGACCAUCGAUUACCUGUGGUCCACCACCUUUCAUGUCUAAAGCGAUUUAUCAGUUGGGGAUCAUUCCUCGUCAGUUGCUUAUUUCAACCGUGCAUUAACUAAUGAAAGUAGAAAAGUGAGUCAAGAGCCUACUGAAUAUUUAUGUAAAAAGGUUUUUUGUAACGAAAUUCGAUUCUCAGAAUAGACAAUGUGUCAGACAAAAUUGGAGUUCUUAGAGUGCUCGAAAGAAUUCAGCGAUCUCACUAAUAAGUAAAGGAUGGGAUAAAACUUAGAUAAGGUUGACUGUAACUAGAGUCCUGCGGUUACGACUUUUGACAACCUAUAGCCUAACCUAUUAAUGUUUUCCGUAACCUAACCUAGGUUAACCUAAUACAACCUUUUACAAUUUUUUCCCAAAAUCUGGUUACAGAAGCCCAAAUCUCAGCUUUGUUCCAUAUCGUUAUUACUUUUCAUCUAAACACCGUCUGAAAGGGAAGCUUAUACAAAAUAAAUGACAUUUUACAGGAAUAUAGAAAUGAAUCGGUUGAGUCUUUUAUUCUUUAAUGUAAUCUUUGGAAAAUAGCUUUCUGAACAGGGAGACCCUCUUAAGAGUAGACCAGAAUUCCACUUUAGGCUCUCGAUACUAUGAAGGUUCUGUUAUUGUUGUGUAUUCGUAUUCGUCAUCUAUCUUUAGCAAACGUGAGUUUUUUCUCUGACUUCUUUUUUUGAUUGUGCUAUUUUCAGUUUAAAAAUAGUUCAGUUUAAACUAGAGAACCUCGGUCUGAUUUAUCCUCAAUCGAUAAAAUUCCACUUGGACUACGCUUUAUUACUCAAAGUGUUGGCUGUUUUAAAGUGAUCGUUCAAAGUCGUUUUUUCCCUUUAGGUUAAAAAUAGGUUAUCAAUGGUGUAACCUACAACCUAACCUAUAAAAAAUUUCAUAAUCUAAAUCUAACCUAACCUAUAGGUUAGGUUAAGUUAGGUUUAACCUGCAGGACUCUAACAGUAACUAAUAAGCUGAAAUUGGAGUGACUCUUUCUAGAUACGAUAUAAAAGAUAUUCACUUGUUUCUAUCAUUCUUUUAGGUAAAAUGCAUCGCUUUACAAUUACUGCGUGGUCUCAAUUAUAUUCAUAUGCGUUUCAUUAUUCACCGUGACAUUAAAGUAUCAAAUUUAUUAAUGACCGAUACGGGUUGUUUAAAAAUUGGCGAUUUUGGCUUAGCAAGACAAUUUACACUUCCUAAUGGUUCAAUGACACCGAUGGUUGUUACUUUGUGGUAUCGGGCGCCGGAAUUAUUGUUCGGUUCAAAAUUUCAAACAACAGCUAUUGAUAUAUGGUCUGCUGGUUGUGUUAUUGGUGAAUUACUUUCACAUCGGCCACUAUUACCAGGACGAUCAGAAAUACAUCAAAUUAAUUUAAUUAUUGACAUGUUUGGAACACCAACGGAGAAAAUUUGGGAAGAUUUAAAUGAAUUACCAUUGUUAAAAAAUUUUCAGUUACGUCAGCAACCUUAUAAUAAUUUUACACAAACAUUUCCGUGGUUAUCGAAGGCUGGUAUAAUAUUAAUGAAUUUUAUGUUUAUGUAUGACCCAAAUAAACGUGCAACUGCUGCCGAUUGUUUAAGCAAUUCUUAUUUCAAAGAAGCUCCACUACCAUGUGAACCUGAAUAUAUGCCAUCGUUUCCACAGCAUCGAAAUAGAUUACCGACAUCAUCGAUUACUACCACUACUACUACAACAGAUGAAACAAAUCGAAAAAGAAAACCGACAACAUUGUCAAAUGACAGUAAUACAACUUUACGAGUUGGAUAUAAUCCUAAUAGUGGAAAGAAACAAAAACAAUCUUAA